CGCAUAAUAACUUUCAUCAGUGUUUAUUAAAGUCUUCUUUCGAACAUAACAAUGCUGGCACUGAUUUUUGCUGUUUUCUUUCUCGUUUCGGUAGAAGGGUCGUCGCAUCUUCCUCCUGACAUGAAAUUGUGCCAUAGAUCAGAUCCAAAUUUUUUUCAGUGCCUUGGUAAGGCUUCAAAAUUCGGCCUUAGGUCCCUUGCUAACGGAAGUAAAUACUACGGCAUACCUCCAAUAGACCCGUUAUUCGUAGAAGAGAUAAUUGUAAAAGGAGAACCAUCCGAAACAGUGUCUUUACAAACGAAAUACAAUAAUGUUUAUUUGCAUGGAAUGUCCAUUUCUAAUGCUGAACAGAAAUUUGUGUUAGAUCUGGGUGAAAAGUGCGGAUGGGUGAUAGAAGCAUUAACCCCUCUUAUUAGGAUGGAGGCUGACUAUGAACUAACGGGGAAGCUGUUGCUCUUUCAGUUAAACGGACAUGGAAGAUGCAACAUAACUUUGUAUAACCUGUGGAACCUCCACACCAUGACCUGCGAAAAGUAUACCGCCGAGGGCAAAACUUACUUGAAGAUAACGAAUUACACCAUACACUUACGUCCCGAGAAAUUACAUUUCGAUUUGACAAAUAUCUUUCCGGCCAACGAACAAAUCGCCGCCGAAAUCCUGAAAACGAUGAAUGAAAACUCCUUGAUCAUAUUCAACGACAUCAAAGGUGGAUUCGAGCAGAUCUUCUCCGAGAUACACUGGGCCAUGGCUAAUAAGCUGUUCAGCAAGGAACCCAUCAAUGAAAUAUUCUUAGAUUAACCGUAGGAUCUGUAGUUGUCUUCGUGUACAGGUGUUAGGUUGUGUCAUUAAAAUAUUUUAAUUUCUUAA